AUGAGUAUCGCCGCGGCCGGUGGUACAGGUGUAUCGAAGCCUUCUGCUAUAGGCCGAGGAAAUGGGAGCUAUGUAUUACUAUCCAAAAUGCGAAGGCGUCAACCUCUGUCGGUAGUACUUGCUGAGGAUCACAACAACACUGAUGGAGAGGUAUCUCAUGGCUUAAAGAAAUGUCUGGGACUAGCAGAGGUAAUAUCCUUCGGAAUAAGUACUACAGUUGGCAGUGGCAUUUUUGUUACGGUUGGUAUCAUAGCGGUGAAGUAUAGUGGUCCUGCUCUAUUUAUGUCCUUCCUGGUUGCUAUAGCUGGAUCUCUUUUAUCAGCCUUUUGUUAUGCUGAGUUUGCUGCCAAGAUACCAGUAGCUGGUAUAGCUACGUUUGUAUUGGUGAGNNNNAUGGCUAAAAUCUCACGUCGGAUUUGCGCUGCAUGA